AUGGCCGGCAUUGGCCUAACGCAUGAUGAUCUCUCCUACGAUUUCGACUCGAGAAACCCUCAGUACCUUCGAAGCGAUGCAUGGCAGGUCCCAAUGAAUCAGGUACAUACGCAGUCAGACCCACGCCGUGCCGUUGCUCCAAUCCAGACAACACAGAACCAUGGCCUGCGACAGACGCCUACCGCCGAACACCCGAUGAUGGAAAGCUGGCGAUACGGCCAGCAGCAACAAGCCCAGUCUCAGCAACAUCACCAACAACAUGCCAUCCAGACCCAGUCACAACAGCACCAACACACCUCGCAUCAGAUCGAUUACACCUCAUCACCACCCUAUGACAUUCCCUAUAGCAAUGUCUACACCUCGUUGCCAAUGGGUCAUCCCCAACUUGCCAUGGUACCUGUGUCCCAAUCUCAGAUGAUACCAGUCGACCAAAACUACUUGACCAUGGACGGCGGUAUUGAAGGCAUGCCACAAAAUUGGGCUGAAUUCCAUAGCGAAUUGAUCCACUACUCGACCACUGAUGUUGGCUUGGCCGUCUCGCCAUACCACCAGCAGACCAACUCGCCGACUGGUUCCCACCUCGAGGUCCUGUCGCAACCGAGCUCGAGUGACGAGGCAGGAUGGACAAUGGUCGAGGCAAGGCACUCUUUCGACUUCAACGAACCCCACUACUUCGUUGACCCCAAUCAAACCGUGCACAACAGGACUCUAUCUGAAUCGUCGUACUCGGACCUAGACCAGCAAUGCGGUACCUUCAUGUCCAACCUCGACAUGGGCCCUGCCCAAGCGGUCUAUUCCCCGACUACCCUGUCAGACAGCGAUUAUGAAUAUACCCACCAUGUACAUCGUCUGUCCGUCGAUCACGGCAACAACCAGGUUAUGUCUAUCAAUCCCUCUGCGAUGGUCCAGCCGAUUGCGAUACCUUCCGCCGAGUCUUCGUCUCCCAUUAGGUCCCCUGGCUCGCAAGGAUCCGCCGGCUCUCCUGGUAGGAAGGUUCAGCGGAAAAGCCUCAUCGCUGCCAAGGGCACAGACAAAGUGACAAAGAGAUCCUCCACCGGUGGCAAGCCUGAUACCGAGAAGCGCGUUGGUCGCAGAAAGGGACCUCUUCGCCCGGAGCAACGGAAACAGGCCAGUGAAAUCCGGAAGCUCCGAGCAUGUCUUCGAUGCAAAUUCCUCAAGAAGACCUGUGACAAGGGUGAGCCUUGUGCCGGCUGCCGACCGUCGCACGCUCGUCUUUGGCAAGUGCCCUGUACCCGUAUCGAUAUCAAAGAGAUUGGAUACUUUCUCAAGGACUGGAAAUUUGACUACGAGCGACACAUUUCUCUUGGCUUCUCCGUUGGCAACAUCAAGGGGUUCUCGGAUACCGAGACGACAUUGUGGGUCACUCAUGGCUAUGGCCACUUGCUCCCUGUUACUGCUCGCGAAGUGUAUGUUCGCGAUGAGAACUGCCUGAAGAUGGAUUGGAUGGAGGCCAACCGUGACCCCAGUGGCUAUGAAAUCUCUACUGCGAAAUUGUCGGCCGGCAUGGAAGGCAUCUCGACUACCAUGCUGUCAGACUACCUGGAUCGCCACAUCGACGGGACCGGAACAUUCGAGAACUUUGUUGACGACUACUUCGAGGGCACACCCUUCUUAUCGCAGAUGCUGAAGACAGCGUACCGCUUCUACUUCCGCACCGGAUCCAAGAUCAUCAAAAAGGCACUGAAGCUUAUGCUUGCAUACAAUCUGACACUCCACAUCACCAUGGUGGAGGGUGUUCCCGACGAAGAAGGUCUCAUUGGCAAAAUCGAGGAAGAGACAUCGAGAUUCUAUGGCAAGACCAUGGCUCCCGUCAUGAUCAAUUUCCAGAUCAAGUGUGCCAUGGCCGACAUGUGGCGCGAGCUGCAUAAAGACGUCCUCGAAGAGCUGUCGUCGCUUUACUCGAGCGUCUACAGUGGCGACAAGCUGAAGAAUUGGCCAACAAUCUUCAUCCUGGCUUCGGUCCUACUCGCGGUCUGGGAGUGCAUGCAGUUUGAUUGCCACUACCGUGUGCCCGACAACUCGGCAGUGGAGAAAUUCUGUAAUGACAUGGAGACGACCCCAGUCGGCGUCAUCAUUGGACUCUUCCAGGCCAUCUCUCAGAAGCUUCCUGCCCUGAUUGACUGGGACACUUCCAAGCAUCACACUCUGCUUGGUUCCAACAACGACGUUUGCAACACCAUGAGUGAAGUGCGCGAGCAUGUUGGCCGAUAUGAAGCCUACCUGCGCGGUCGUCAAGAUGCCAAAUUCGACCGAAAAGAUUUUGACUCUCUUUCCAACAAAUUUCUCUCACGACUCGUCAUUCGGGCGCAAUAA